GUUAAAGCAUUAGGAACGUUUGAAUUAAAAUUAACGUCGUUCCUUAAUGCCCAUGGACUUAAUUCGGAUGGGAAUUGUUGUAACGGUUUACGAACGGCUGGAGUAUGUAGUUCUUCUUGUAAAACAUUCUUUCGAGUUUGUUUGACCCAUUAUCAAUCGGAAAUAUCUAAUAACCCUGAGUGUACUUUUGGAUCUAAAACUACCAGUGUGCUUGGAAAUAAUACUAUUCAAUUCAAUAAGGAUACUGCUUCUCAGGAAUUUAAAAACCCUGUUCAGUUCGAGUUUCAAUUUUCAUGGCCGGGUUCAUUUUCCUUAAUAAUUGAAGCCUGGCAUGAUAGCACUUUACAUGGAAGUCCAAGGGAAUUGAUUGCCAGAGUUGCAGUGCAACGAUCUGCCGAAGUCGGCAAGGACUGGUACACAUUCAAACACGAUACUCCUUAUUCGGAAAUUAACUACAGUUAUCGUAUCAUUUGUGGCGAAUAUUAUUAUGGAGCUGGAUGUUCUGAAUUCUGUCGUCCAAGGGAUGAUCAGUUUGGACAUUAUAAGUGUAGUACUAAUGGAACUAAGAUCUGUUUGGAUGGCUGGAGUGGAGAUAUGUGCGAAGAAGCAAUGUGUUUACCUGGUUGCCACCCAGACCAUGGAUAUUGUGACAAUCCCAACGAGUGCCGGUGUCGUUUAGGAUGGCAGGGCAACUUCUGUGAUGCUUGCAUCAAUUAUCCUGGGUGUCAACACGGUUCCUGCUCCAAACCGUGGCAGUGUAACUGUGAGGAAGGCUGGGGAGGAUUAUUCUGUAAUCAAGAUUUGAAUUACUGCACCCAUCAUAAACCAUGUAAAAAUGCCGGUACCUGUACUAAUACUGGCGAGGGUAGCUACACAUGCACCUGUCCCCCAGGAUUCUCGGGUACUAAUUGUGAAAUAGAGUAUGACGAUUGUGAAAGACGACCCUGUUUGAAUGGUGGUAGUUGCAAGGACAUUGGAAUUGGAUAUCGAUGCCAAUGUGAAUCGGGAUUUUAUGGUAAAUCAUGUGAGCAUGAGGCUGAUUCCUGCAAAACCAAUCCUUGCAUCAAUGGCGGAACCUGUACUGAAGAUGAAGCGAGCUAUACAUGUCAAUGUGAUGCUGGUUACACUGGAUUAAAUUGUGAAAUAGAGAUCAAUGAAUGCGAUCAACAUCCUUGCAAAAAUGGGGGUCGCUGUAUUGAUCAAAGAAAUGGAUUUCGAUGCGUUUGCUCUACUGGAUUCGAAGGUCCUACAUGUUCGGACAACAUCAACGACUGUGUUCAUGAUCCCUGCCAGAAUGGUGGUACUUGUUUGGAUUUAAUCAAUGAUUAUGAGUGUCGCUGUAGAGCUGGAUUUAUCGGACCCUUGUGUGAAAUCAACGUGGAUGAUUGUGAAACACGACCUUGUGCCAAUGGAGGUAUCUGUAGCGAUCUGGACAACGAUUUCAAAUGUCACUGUGCUGAUGGUUUCGCUGGCAAGGAUUGCCGAAUUAAUAUCAAUGAUUGUGCUGAUAUCCCGUGCCGUCAUGGCGGUAACUGUACCGAUUUGGUGGACGAUUACAGUUGUGACUGUCCAGAAGGAUUUUGGGGCAAACGAUGCCAUCUUUAUGAAGGCAUG